UUUACAUUAUAGGACGGAGUGAUCCAUUGACCGUGUCCACACUUUUCUAUGCGGGACUUUUGAACCAGAAGUCUUCUUAGCAAACGCACUUUAGAAUUGAGAACCGCAUGCAUAGUACUGAACGCCUAGCAAACAAAUCGCUGCUCAGCUCAUACCACAAACAGCAAACAAUCUGAGGAAUAACACGAAUUUAAGGAGGGACAACAAUGUUUAUGGUUGAAUCAGUUGUGUCCUUUACAAUUGAAAGGAUUGCUGACCUCCUAAUUGAAGAGGCCAGUUUGUCGAGUGGGGUAAGUGACCAAAUCAAGAAAUUAGAAAUUGAACUAAAGAGGAUGCAAUGUUUCUUAAGGGAUGCUGAGAGAAAGCAGGAUGAAGGUGGUGAGACUAUAAAGAAUUGGAUAUCAGAGAUCAGAAAAUUAGCUUAUGAUGCUGAGGAUGUGAUUGAAACUUAUGCCAUCAAAGUUUCAUUUUCAGGAGCAAUGACUCCUUUCUACAAACUAAGGCAUGAUCACAAAGUUGGAAACAAGAUUAUAUCUAUUAAUUCUCAAAUAGCAGACCUUACAAGAAGUUUACAAGCAUAUGGUUUGACUGCAACAACAAGAGACAAUGAAGAAUCACACUUUGUGAUUGAGACACGGAGGCAAUUGAGAUGGUCUUAUUCUCAUGUGGUUGAAGAGGUCACUGUAGGGUUGGAUAAGGACAUAAAGAAAGUUGUGAAAUGGCUAUUAAAUCAAGAUCAACAUUGUCAAAUGGUUUAUGUUUGUGGAAUGGGCGGUCUAGGUAAAACAACACUUGCUAAAAAUGUUUAUCAUUAUAGUUCCAUUAGGCGACACUUUGAGGGUUUUGCUUGGGCUUAUAUAUCUCAAAAAUGCAAUAGAAGAGAGGUUUGGGAGGGAAUCUUACUUCAACUUACCGCUUCUUCUUCCAAAGAAGAGAGAGAUGAGAUUAGGAACAUGAGAGAUGAAGAAUUGGCAAAAAAGUUGUACAAAGUUCAACAAGAGAAAAUGUGUUUGAUCGUCUUGGAUGACAUAUGGAGCAACGAGACUUGGGAUAUUUUAAGUCCAGCCUUUCCAUCAAAAAAUGCAAAGAGUAAAAUGGUUUUUACAUCACGCAAUAAAGGUGUCUCAUCACAUGUAGAUUCCAAAGGCUUGGUUCAUGAACCGGGGUUCUUAAAUGCAGAAGAUAGUUGGUCGUUGUUUCAGAAGAAAGCUUUUUCAACUAGCGAUGAUCCGGAAUUCAAAAUUUGCAAUGAGUUUGAAAGAUUAGGCAGAGAUAUGGUUGCAAAGUGUGCUGGUUUGCCUUUGGCUAUCAUUGUACUUGGAGGACUUUUGGCUACAAAGGAAACAAUCAAUGAAUGGGAAAUGAUACAUAAACAUAUAACCUCUUACCUAAUAAAAGGAGAUGUACCUGAAAGACAGUCAAGAUUAGCUGAGGUGUUGGAUUUAAGUUACCACAACAUGCCUUAUCAACUGAAACCAUGUUUUCUUUAUUUAAGUCAAUUUCCAGAAGACUUUGAGAUACCAAAAAAUAAAUUAAUUCAGUUGUGGAUGGCAGAAGGUUUUGUUUCAUCUCAAUAUGAGAUUGAAAGGGAUGAAAGAUUGGAGGAUGUCGCUGAGCGUUACCUAGGUAGCUUAAUUAGCCGUUGCAUGGUUCAAGUUGGUCAGAUGGGGUCUACUGGAAAGAUUAAAACUUGUCGGCUGCAUGAUUUAAUGCGUGAUAUGUGUUUGUCAAAGGCUAGAAAAGAACAUUUUCUUAGUGUUAUUACCAGAUCACAAAAAGAUAGUAAUAGCAUUAAUGAUGUAUCAUCAUCAUCAUCUAAUCUAUCAUUAGAUUCAAGAAAAACCGGUGGAGUUCGUAGGAUUGCUCUUUUCUUGGAUAAACAUGUUGAUAAAUUGGUUCCACCCAAUGAGCAAGUGAGUCAACAUCUUAGAUCUCUUGUAUAUUUCAAUGAUAAGAAAUGUAGAGUUGAAAGUUGGAAGCUACUUAAAACUGUUUUUGAGAACUUCAAAUUACUUAGAGUUCUUGAUCUUGAAGGAGUUAAGGGGUCAAAGGGACAAUUAUUGCCUAAAGAAGUUGGAAAUCUGUUUUGGUUGAAGUUUUUGAGUUUGAAAAGGACUUGUAUACAAAUUCUUCCAUCUUCAUUAGGCAAAUUGGAAAAUCUACAGAGCCUAAAUUUGCAAACUAUCAAUAAAGUAAGCUGGGAUUCAACAGUUGAAAUUCCAAACAUAAUAUGGAAGUUGAAACGGUUGAGACAUUUAUAUCUUCCCAAUUGGUGUGGAAAUGUUCCUGGCAUCCUGCAACUUGAAAAUCUAAUCAACUUACAGACACUUGUAAAUUUUCCAGCCAGUAAAUGCGACGUGAGUGAUUUGUUAAAACUGAAAAAGCUCAGAAAAUUGGUAUUGAAUGAUCCAAGGUGUUUCCAAAACUUUUCCGAAAGUUUCACUCUUUGUAAUCAAAAGUUGGAAUGCUUGGAAUCAUUGUCCUUAAAAACUGAUUUGCUUUCAUUCCCUGAUCAAGUAGUGGAUGUUGAAAAACUAGUUCUAGGUUGUCCUUCACUUCACAAACUGCAUGUAGAAGGGAGAAUGGAAAGGCUUCCAGAAGCUCAACUAUUUCCGCCACAGCUUUCAAAGUUAACUUUGUGGGGUUGUAAACUUGUUGAAGAUCCAAUGGUAACAUUAGAGAAGCUUCCUAAUUUGAAGUACCUAAGUGGUUGGGAAAUGUAUGUUGGGAAGAAAAUGGUAUGCUCGGUAAAUGGUUUUCCUAAACUGGAAGUUCUAGCUAUCCGUGGCUUUUCUAAUUUAGAAGAGUGGGUAGUCGAGAAUGAAGCCAUGCCUCAUCUUUGUAGAUUGAGUAUAUCUGAUUGCAACAAGUUAAAGAGUGUUCCUGAUGGACUAACAAUUGUUGCUGGUCUAAGGGAGUUGGAAAUCAGAUGGAUGCCUAAAUCAUUCAAGAUUAGACUUGGAAUUGAUGGAGAGGAUUAUCACAAAGUUCAACAUGUUCCAUCCAUUGUAUUUUUCAACUAGGCAUACAAUUGAAAUUAUCAAAUAUCAGGUACAAUAUAGUCUAGCAGCAGGUGUCAUCAUCCUUUCAAUGUGCUUCUGAAGAUUGAAUUUCAAACUGUGAACUUUUUUUACGAAUACCUCUAUAUUCCUGUUGUGUUUUUUUUGCAUAGACCUUUUGUUUAAUUUAUUGAAGGAUUUGUAAUUUUAUUGGCAUUGUACUAUUUGGAGAUUUUAAAUAGGUUUCUCAACCAAAAAAAUGUAAUUGGAUCCCUAAACUUGUCAGUAGUUUUUAA